GCGCCCCACGCCCACGAGAUCGAGAUGUUCUCGCACUACGUCGCAAAGCAGAUCGGGUUCGACGAUCCGAACGAGUGCCCCCACCUCUGUACAAUGGCUUACUAUUACCUGAAGAAGAGCGAGGGCUACGAGCAAAAUCUUCUCGCCUUCUUCCAUAACAACAUGAACCCAGACGCCCUGCUCGUGAAGUUCAUCGAGGAGCUGGACAGAUGCAUACUCGGCUACUUCUCCUUCCACUGGAAAUGUGCGACUCAAGUAAUCACGCAGGUUCUAACAGCAGAGCAACCUAGAAGAAAGCUCAAGAGCAUGGUAUUGGAGGCCACCAGGAAGAUGAGGUUCGAGAGGGUGACGAGGGAGCUGAAGGUGACUCGGCUCUUCUCGACGCUGAUGGAGGAGCUGAAGGUGAUCGGGGUAAGCUGCUGCCACGAGAACCAGCCGCACAGCCCUCUCACGGACGUGAUGGUUCCGGCGGCGCACAGCGACCGCAGCCCCGUGUUGCUGCUCAUGGGCGGCGGCAUGGGCGCCGGCAAGAGCACCGUGCUCAAACAGAUCAUGAAGGAGGUGUUCUGGUCCUCCGGCGCGUCGGCGAACGCGGUGGUGGUGGAGGCCGACGCGUUCAAGGAGUCGGACGUGAUCUACCAGGCCAUCAGCUCCCGCGGCCACCACAACGACAUGCUGCAGACCGCCGAGCUGGUGCACCAGUCGUCGACGGACGCGGCGGCGUCGCUGCUGGUGACGGCGCUGAACGAGGGGCGGGACGUGAUCAUGGACGGGACGCUGUCGUGGGAGCCGUUCGUGCUGCAGACGGUGGCCAUGGCGCGGGCCGUGCACCGGCAGCGGUACCGCAUGGGGGUCGGCUACAAGGUCGGCGCCGACGGGGCCACCACGGAGCAGUACUGGGAGCCCGUGGAGGAGGCCGAGGCCGAGCACGAGCACGAGCAGCAGCACGGCGCGGUCGGCGCCAGGGCCACCAAGCCCUACCGCAUCGAGCUCGUCGGCAUCAUCUGCGACGCCUACCUCGCCGUCGUCAGGGGGAUCAGGCGAGCCAUCAUCUCCGGAAGAGCCGUGCGGGUGAACUCGCAGCUCAAGUCCCACAAGCGGUUCGCCGGGGCAUUCCGGAAGUACUGCGACCUCGUCGACAAUGCCAGGCUCUACAGCACCAACGCCAUCGGCGCCGCCAAGUUGAUAGGGUGGAAGGACGGGAGCUGCAGCAGGCUGCUGGUGGACGUGGAGGAGAUCGAGCUGCUGGACCGGGUGAGCAGGAUCAACGAGGAAGCGGACUGCGUGCACGAGCUGUACCCGGACGGGCACCCCACGGGCGGCGCGGGGUCCGUAUGGGAGGACCUGGUGGCGUCGCCGCUGCGGGCGUCCAUACAGCGGGAGCUCAAGGCCGCCAUCCUCGACAGCGAGGCCUGCUUCCCGUCGCCGUAGCCCCCGCAUACCCACACGCGCGCGAUCGAGUUGCUGUGUUUGAGAUCGAUCAUCACGACUUCUCAGGGGUUUUAUUUUGGUACGUACAUUUGGUGA